AUGGCAUCAAGUAGUUCACUCAAACAUCGCAUCGACGAUGGCAUCAAUAAAAACAAAUCUCAACUAUAUCGAAGGCUUCCUUCGUCGAGAGACGUCGUCCGGCCGCCUCUGAGUGCGGACGGCCGCGCUACGUCUUCCCUCACGCACCAGUCCUGCGUUCACUCUCAUGGGGACGCUAUUCGCCCCGCGCGCUUCACUCUCCUGAAGCUUCGUGGCCGAUUCGGAGCUGCUUCACCGUGUCGUCUGAGUGGCUUCGGAUAUGAAGCGGUGGCCUGGGCGAGCCUUCAAGACGCCCAUCACCCUCAUGAGACGCCCAGCCAAGAGUUAGAGCCUCCGACAGGGUCCUCGCAGCACUCAGCCCACGCCCUCCACCACCAUCCGCACGACCCCGGCCACACCAACCACGGUACUGGUCAGAAUUCCUUUGCCAAUCCUCAAAUCCCCUCGCUUGUUAAAAGUUCUUCGUUACCAUCUUUCUCCUUCUCUGAGGAAAGUCAGAACCCUCUCUCCUUUCGAAACGACGUCUCUGUUCACGAGCAGAUUCUCCCCGUUCCUGAACCAGUUGAUUCUGCUUCCCAAAGGAAUCCUGAUCCUUCUUCUGUUCCCAUCCUUUCUCCCCUUAGCCAGAACCCCACCACCCUCUCCCUUAAACGGGACCCAUCUGUCCUUACCCAGCUGCUUUCGACUCUCAAACAGAACCCAUCUGUCGCCUCGAACUUCCUUUCCACUCUAAGGCAGAAUCCCUCCGCUGCUGCUGUAUUGAUCUCCUCUCUCAGGGAGAAUCCUUCUAUAGCGUCACAGAUUUUCUCUGUCCUUAACCAAAACCCUUCCAUAGCUGCCCAAAUACCGUCUCUUGUCAAGCAGGAGCCAUCUCCUCCCUCACAGAUCCCUGAAAUCCUUACACAGAAUCCAUCUACUUCAUCUCAGGUCCUGUCUACGCCCGAAAAGAAUCCUCCAAAUCUUCCAAAGAAUCUAAUUCCUUCAACCCUUGAAGUAAAACCCUCACCUCCACCAGCGCAACUCAAAGAGAACCCUCUUGAUCCCAUUCAGGUCCUCUCCACUCUCAAACCUAAGUCCUCUCCGGCUCCCCUUGCCUCUCCUCUCACUCAGAACCCAUUGAACCCAGCGCACGUCCUGUCUGCUGUUACUCCAAGAUCUUUCGCCAGAUCCACUCCCUUUUCUCCCCAGUUCCAGCCCACUCCGAUACCUUUCUCUCCUCCCACCCAAUCCUCUACUACCCAGAUCUCGCUCUCUCCUUCUAAAUUCUCACCCCACCCUAUACGGUUUGCAUCCUCUCGACCUAAAUUCUCACCCACUGUUCCGCAGUCCACUCCUGCCCCUGAGUCCCCCUCCAGUACCCAGUUCGCCACCCAGUUCAUAUCACCUCCCUCUAAAUUCUCAUCUCCUGCUACAUUAUCCUCCUCUGCUCCGAAAUUGACAUUCCCUAGCUCCAAAUUCCCAACCUCUUCUAACCAAUUUCUCAUCUUCCUCUAA